GUUUGAAAGUGUAAGCUAAGUUUUACCACGUGUGAGUGACGUUAAUUAUAUUUUUGAGCGCACGUUUGUAUUGCGUGUGAUCUAAUUUGUAAAUUCGAAAAUAUAUGUUCAAGCAAAUAAAAUGUCUAAAAACAAACUUGAUAAACCGAAAGACAACAAUUAUGUCAAAAAUAAAGACCUGCCUAGAAUUUGGCAGGAUGAACGUUUUCAUCAUUUGGUUGCAGAUCCAAGAUUCAAAAGUUUUCCAAAAUCGCAACGUAAAGUGAAAAUUGAUAAUCGGUUUCAGAGAAUGUUUACGGAUGAUGUUUUUAAAAUUCAAUAUACAGUUGACAAACAUGGAAGAAAAUUAAAUAAGAGUUCUUCCGAAAACUUACGAAAGUUUUAUGAGAUAAGUUCGUCAGAUUCUGAAUGCGAAGAAAACGAAAAACAAAAAGAAGAACAAACAAUAAGUAGUUAUACGGGAAUACCAGAAGAAAAAAGCAAUAAGUCGUUUGGUCGAGAAGACAUCUAUAAACAAGUGGAAAUCCUAGAAAAGACAGUGGCAGGAACGCUAAAAGAACGAUUGCUAAAUCCAAAUAUCGAUUAUGCUCGUGGGGAGGGAUAUUUGGAGACUGAUUCAUCAUCUGGCGAGUCAACUGACGAUGAAUCAGAUCCUGUGUUAAAUAUGGACCAUGUUUGGGGGGAACUUGAUGCGGAAGCAGAAUUAACUGAUAAAUCUACCAGCAGACUUGCUAUAUGUCAUAUGGACUGGGAUCGAAUAAGAGCCGUCGAUCUGAUGGCAGUCGUUAGUUCGUUUCUUCCCACAGGAGGCACUGUAUUGAGCAUUAAAAUAUACCCAUCUGAAUAUGGUAAAACACGUAUGACUGAAGAAGAAGUGUUUGGUCCAACAGAGUUAGUUAAUUAUAGGGAAAAAAAACAAUAUCGAAAGAAUGCUUACAAAUCUGAAUCCAUUAAGUCCGAGCAAGAAUCAUUACAGUCGCAUGAUAGUGAUUAUGAAGCGUAUGAUGACGCGUAUCAUAUGGAGAAACUACGUCAGUACCAGCUAAAUCGCCUACGUUACUACUAUGCAGUGGCUGAAUUUGAUAGUAUACAAACUGCGGACAAAGUUUACAAAGAAUGUGAUGGUUUGGAAUAUGAAAGUUCUGCAACACGUAUAGAUUUAAGGUUUAUUCCUGAUAAUAUAUCAUUUGACGAUAACGAACCUUCUGAUGUAUGCACCUCUUUACCUGAUAAUACUUAUAUACCACGAAAUUUUACAACUAGUGCAUUGCACGAAGCAAAAGUUAACCUUACAUGGGAUGAAACAGCAGUUGAACGUCGUGAAAUAAGUGAAAAGCUAGCAAGCAGUAAUUUAGAAGAUAUACAGGAUAAGGAUAUAAAAAAAAUUGUUGCUAUCAGUAGUAGUGAAAAUGAUGAUGACGAUAGUAUUAUUGAAUCAAAUAUAAAAAUAAAUUCAAACAAUACGAGUAGGAAUGAAUUUAUUCAAUCCAAUCCAAUUCGACAUAAAACCAAUGAGACUAAGAAGGAUAUAAUAAAUAAAUAUCGUACUUUGCUCGCAGAAAUUGAUGAAAGCGAAAAAAAACAAAAAACCAAAAAAUUUGAUAUGGAAUUUAGUUGGGUUGUUGAAGAUUCAAAAAAUGGCAACGAUAUCAAUGAAGAAAAUAGUGGAGAUAACGUUAGUGACAAAACAACUAUUGAAAAGGUUUUACAAAAGCGAUCAGAAAAAAAUAAAAAGCGUAAAGAAGAACGAAAAAAAAGGAAAUUGCAAGCGCAUGGUAAUGACAUUGAAAACAAAAAUUCAAAUGAGGAUUCUGAUUCAAUACCAGAUGGCAUUGAUAUGAACGAUAGUUACUUUGCAGAAGAAUUUGCAAAUGGAGAUUUUAUUGACACAGUAUCCGAAAAAAAACUUGAAAAACUUAAAAUUGAAAUACAAUCAAAAGAAGAUCAUCAAUUUCAUCAAAAGCAAAAAGCAAAAGAGUUAGAGUUAUUAAUUGACGAAGAUGAAAACGAAAGGCAUAGCCAACAUUUCAACUAUGAAAAAAUUUUUAAAUUUGAUCAAGGCGUAAACUCCAAAAGAAAACGAAGAAAGUUUUUAAAAAAAUCCAAAUCAGUUAUCACAGAAAAUAAGAAAUUGGAGGACACCUUCCAAAUAAAUGUUAAUGAUGAACGUUUUAAAGCAAUGUAUUCGGAGCAUUUAUAUAAUAUUGAUCCAACAGAUUCACAUUUUAGAAAGACAAAGGGUAUGGAACGAAUUAUGGAUGAGAAACUAAAACGGCGAUAUUGUAAUAAAAAUUUAAACAAAUUUGAAAUGUCGGUAAGAACAAAGAUAGAAUCAAAACCGCAGGAGAAACAAUUAGAAAAUAAUAUUUUGGUUAAAAAUUUAAAAUUUAAAAUACAAAAGAGGGAAACUGUUUAAAUGUAAACAUUUGUAUUGA